ACGCGGCGGCCCGUCCCGCAGGCCGGGGGAGGGGCCGCGUCAGUCUGGCAGCGGGGGAGCGGCCGGGCCGGACGGGGCGAGAGCGACGCGGAGCCGGCGGCGGCCGGAGGCAGCUGCAGGGGGACGAAUGGCGGCGGCGGCGGCGGGAACGACGGCAGCGGCGGCCUACGCCAGCCUGAAGCUGCAUAUAACACCAGAGAAGUUCUAUGUGGAAGCUUGUGAUGAUGGAGCAGAUGAUGUGCUUGCUAUUGACAGAGUCUCCACAGAAGUCACUCUUACAGUUAAGAAAGAUGUUCCCCCUUCAGCUGUUACAAGGCCUAUCUACGGUAUUUUGGGAACAAUCCGAUUGGUGGCAGGCACGUAUCUUAUUGUCAUAACAAAGAAGAAAAAAGUAGGUGAGAUUUUCAGUCAUGCAAUCUGGAAAGCAACAGAUUUUGACAUUCUCUCCUACAAGAAGACCAUGCUGCACUUAACUGAUAUUCAGUUGCAGGACAAUAAAGUGUUUUUAUCAAUGCUUAAUCAUGUCUUGAGUGUGGAUGGAUUUUACUUCUCUACAACAUACGACCUAACGCACACUCUGCAGCGGUUAGCCAACACGAGCCCAGAGUUCCAGGAGAUGAGCCUUCUAGAGAGGGCAGAUCCACGGUUUGUAUGGAAUGGGCACCUUCUUAGAGAAUUUGCUGCUCAACCAGAGAUCCAUAGGUUUGCUACACCAGUGAUGCACGGAUUUAUCACUAUGCACUCUUGUUCUAUUAAUGGCAAGUGUUUUGACUGGCUGCUGGUUUCCAGAAGAAGCUGUUUCAGGGCUGGUGUACGCUACUAUGUAAGAGGUAUUGACUCAGAAGGACAUGCUGCCAACUUUGUUGAAACAGAACAAAUUGUGCAUUACAAAGGGAGCAAAGCAUCGUUUGUUCAGACACGUGGAUCAAUUCCUUUUUUCUGGUCUCAGAGACCAAACCUCAAGUAUAAACCAAAGCCACAGAUCAGCAAGUCAGUAAAUCAUAUGGAUGGCUUCCAAAGACAUUUUGACUCGCAAAUAAUUAGUUAUGGAAAGCAAAUGAUUGUCAACUUGGUUAACCAAAAAGGUUCAGAGAAGCCUCUUGAGCAAACAUUUGCAAAAAUGGUAAACAGCAUGGCAAAUGGAAUGGUCAGAUACGUAGCAUUUGACUUCCAUAAAGAGUGCAGCCGGAUGAGGUGGGAUCGGCUUCAGAUUUUGAUGGAUCAAGUAGCAGAACAGCAAGAUGAGUUUAGUUAUUUUCUAGUUGAUUGCGACGGUAAGAUCGUGACUCAGCAGGAAGGAAUAUUCCGCAGCAACUGCAUGGACUGCCUCGACCGCACCAACGUCAUCCAGAGCUUGUUAGCACGCAGAUCCCUUCAAGCACAGCUUCAGAGGCUGGGUGUUCUGCAUGUUGGACAGAGGAUUGAAGAGCAAGCAGACUUUGAGAAAAUCUACAAAAAUGCAUGGGCUGAUAAUGCUAAUGCUUGUGCCAAACAAUAUGCUGGAACUGGUGCCUUAAAGACAGAUUACACAAGAACUGGGAAGAGAACUCAGUGGGGCUUGAUAAUGGAUGGCUGGAACUCAUUGAUACGUUACUACAAGAAUAACUUUUCUGAUGGAUUUAGACAGGAUGCAAUUGAUCUUUUUCUUGGCAAUUAUUCAGUGGAUGAAGUAGAACCUGCUAGUCCUCUCCAUGUCAAGAAAGAUUGGAAGUUCUUAGCUUUGCCUAUUAUUAUGGUGGUUGCUUUCUCCAUGUGCAUUAUUUGUUUGCUAAUGGCUGGUGAUACAUGGACUGAGACGCUGGCCUAUGUGCUUUUCUGGGGAAGUGCAAGCUUUGGAACUUUCGCCAUCAUACUUUACAAUGGCAAGGAUUUUGUAGAUGCACCCAAGCUGGUCCAGAAAGAGAAGAUGGACUGAAUUUGUGUGUGUGGAAAGCGGCUUGGUACUGAGGAUUCCUCGAGCCACACCUGGAGUCUCUACUGACCUGCUUUCCACACCAAAUAAUGGUCGUUUUAACUUUCUUCCUUAGCAGUGUGAGGGGGGAAAAGAUAAUCUUGUCCUUUGGUGGUGGUUGAUUUCAACUGAGACCUGACUCAACAGUCUUAGUUGCAAUGGUCUUUAGGAUAUUGCAUUAGUGGAGGGGGCUCCACUCUUCCUAAUGGAAUGCAAAGAUGAAACCCAGCUUUUCAGUGGCUGGAAUGUCUUAGGGUAUGAGCGGACUGAUGAAGUUCAUAGUGCCCCUGGGCUAUAUCAGAUGCAUCUUUGGUCUCUGGCUUGACAGGAGAGAGUUCUGAUUCUGUUCAUGUGUCGAAAGCCCCAGAUGUUGAAGCAUUAAUAGCAGAGCUUCUGAACAAAGAUGGCUUUGUACCAAUAAAAAGUCAAGUUCCCAGGCUUACAGCUG